AUGACUGGUUACCCUGAAGAAGAGGAGGAGGAGGAGGGGAGGAGGAGGAGGGGGGAAGGAGGAGGAGGAAGGGGGGUGGAGGAGGAGGAGGAGGAGGAGGAGGAGGAGGAGGAGGAGGAGGAGGAGGAGGAGGAGGAGGAGGAGGAGGAGGAGGAGGAGGAGGAGGAGGAGGAGGAGGAGGAGGAGGAAGAAGAGGAGGAGGAUGGCGCGGUGGGGGGAUUGGGGGGUGCAGCGAUGCUUAUCGCGAAGCACCAUCAGGCAUGCCACGUGGCAGGGGGUAAGCUGUCGUCGGCAGUGCAAAACGUGAGACAGGAAGAGAAGCGGAAGAAGGCGAGGAAUGGGAGGGAGGGGAAGGAAGGGAGGGAGGGUAGAGAUGUGAGGAAGAGGAGGGAGGGGAGAAAGGAACGGUCCAGCUACGUGAAUGGAGCGAGCAGCUCGGCAGGUACGAACGAGGAGGAGCGAGUGACGCGAGGGGAAUCAUGUACUAGUUGUGGCCAUGGCACGCAGGGCGACAGCCGUAGUGGUGUGUUGUUGGGGUGA